GUGACAGCUGGUCGGCCGCCAUGUCAGCAAGCGGGGCUGGAAGCGGAUCCGGCGCCCGGCGGUAGCCCUCCUUUCGUCUCCGGUUCCCAGACAUUGAAGGACUUUAAUGAAACUUAAACGGUUCAACAAAAGAUGCUCUAAUGGAUGACAGCGAAACUCCUACAUAUAAUCUGCAGAUAGAACCACAAGUUGGAUGUCAUCCUGGUGAUGGCGUGGAAAGUACUGUAACAUGCUUGCCCUCUGCAUCAGAUGAAAAUGAAAAUCAACUUGAUGGUGAUGGGCAUGAGCUUCUGACCAGCAGUGACAGUGCAAUGGGCAAACCUGAAGUGUUUGAGCCGGACAGUCUCAACAAUAAUGAAAGCUGCACAUCAAGCUGUGAGGUGGCUGCAGGUGAGAACUUGGAAAACACUGCUUGUGAAGGCCCCAAAGAGGGACAGGCCUUCUUGAGAAAGGACCAAAAAAUACCUGGAAAAAGUUCAAGAAGCAAAAAAGGCACUGUUAAGAAGAUAACACAAGGACUUUCUUCAGGAGAUACCACACCCUUUAUGCAAGAAAAUAUAUUACAUGCAGCCAUACAUGCUGUUAGUGAUGAAGAGUCUGCAGAAGUAAAUGCUAAUGAUCAACUAGAAGCCCCGAAGCUGGUUCUGCAAUCUCUGUUCUCACUUAUACGGGGUGAAGUUGAGCAGUUGGAUUCAAGAGCACUUCCCCUUUGCCUUCAUCAGAUAGCAGAGUCUUAUUUCCAGGAGGAGGACUAUGAGAAAGCAAUGAAAUUCAUUCAGCUCGAACGACUGUAUCAUGAGCAGUUGCUCGCAAAUCUUUCUGCCAUUCAAGAACAGUGGGAAACAAAAUGGAAAACUGUACAACCACAUACAGUUACAUCUUUGAGGAAUUCAGAAAAAGGAUUUAAUGGUGAGGAUUUUGAGCGGCUUGCUAAAUUUUGUACAACACAUCAAGAUCCUCUUUUAUCCAAACAUAAGAUAGCAGCUGUACAGAAGUCCCUGGGAAGGAAAUGCUUUACGCAGUUAAUAGUAUCUGAAGAUCCAAAGGAAAGAGGAGCUACAGCCAAAGAGCCGGAGAGUGAAACUUGUGUUGGCAUGGAAUCAGGAAAAGAAAGCCAACAUAAAAGAGAGACCUGCGAGAGCACUCCCUGCUGUAAUCAGAUGGACAGGCAGGCAGAUCCCCUGAGCCUUCCGGUAACUGCAGGGAAGGGCCACACGGAGGAGCCGCUGUGCAGCACUGAAGCCACACUGGAGCUCCACGCCCUGCCCUUGGAGUCGGCAGGGAGCAGGUCUGGGCUACUCUCUUCAGGGAAUGCUUGUGAGGAUGACAGCCGCUUGCAGCUGACUCAGUCAGAGGCCAGCCAAGAUGUGGCCGAAAUAGAGGGCAUUGCUAAGGACCCUAAGGUUUCCAGCGAGUCAGUGAUAGAGCCAUUGAUUUUACCAGGCUCUGACCAUAUACCUCCUGCGUUGAUUUCUGAGGGUAAAUACUCACAGACGCAAAGAAAGGAACUCCAGUUGCUACUUCAGGAUUCUUCUGAGGCGUUGCCCACAGACCAACUUGAGAACAAUGAAUUAAAUGAGCUGCAGCAACCUGAUCUUACAGACAGUGAUGGAAAAUCACCACAGGGGCAGACUGACUCAGAGGGCUCUGAGAGUGUACUUUGUGAAAAUAAUCAAGUAUCUGAUUUAAGUACAGUGCUUCCAGAAGAGUAUAUGGCCCCAGAGGAACAGGGAGAUAAACACGAACAAGUCAGUAAGGAAACAGAAGACUAUUUGAACAGCCUUUUAGAAGAAUGCUUAAAAGAUACUGAAGAUUCCCUUUCAUAUGAAGAUAACCAAGAGGAAGACCCUGAUCUCCUUCAAGAUCUUUCUCCUGAAGAAGAAUCCUAUAGUCUACAGGAGAACCUGCCUUCUGAUGAAAGCUGUCUUUCUCUCGAUGAUCUUGCAAAAAGGAUAGAGAUUGCAGAGGUUGUUCAUGCUGAAGGCUUGGUCUCUAUAUUAAAGAAGAGGAAUGAUACUGUAGGAGAUCAUCCUGCCCAGAUGCAACAGAAACCAUCUAAGCGAAGAGUGAGAUUCCAAGAAAUAGAUGACAACUUAGAUCAAGAUGAAGUUGGAGGUGGUUCCUGUAUUUUACUGGUCUUGCUGUGCAUAGCGACGGUUUUCCUUAGUGUGGGAGGAACUGCAUUAUACUGCACUUUUGGUGACACGGAGUCACCUGUUUGUACAGACUUUGCAGACAACAUGGACUUCUAUUACACUAAGUUACUGCAGGGAAUGGCAGGACUUAAACACUGGAUCUACCUCUCCUAGCAGCAUUCAAGAGGGACAGGCAUGCUGGCCGUGAGAAUCAAAGAGUGAAACUUUCUAAAUAGCUUUCAUUUCAAGAGUUCUGUAACAUGCGCCUCCCUUCCCCAGUGAGGAACCACAAACAUCAGAAACAGCAACUUUAACUGGCAAUACAGAGGAACUCAGAAUAAUCCACAUAAUGAUACAGAUAUUGAUCUGAGCACUGUGGAUGGAAGGAAUGGUCUUUGGAGAGCAUGUUCACCUCCUCCUCGCUGCUUCCUAGUGUAAUGAGCUACAGAAUUAAACAGGGCAGUGUUGGAGCCAAACCAUUUUGGGCUACCUUGUCAGGCUAAUGGCUAAGGACACUUGUGGUUUAUAACCGUUUGUCCAAAGACGUUGCUUCCAGCCAUCACGCAAUAAGUUUGUGUGUAAUGAAAAAGAGUUACCUUACAGUUUCAAUGUCUUUUUUUAGUUCACCUUGGGAGCUAUGUAAUUUAGGCUUUGUGCACUCUCCAGAUUUCCAUUUGUGAAAUGAUUAUGUUUGUGUGUGUGUGUAUGUGUAUUUCAGACAGUUAUCAUAAGCAAAAACCCAACGUAGAAUAACAAAGAUUAUUCUUUCAACAUAACUAUAAAUGUGCAGCCACAAAACUUUCAAGAAGGCUUAACUGUGGAACAGAUGAAUGGUACAAAUCUUGGCCCUGAAUUAAGAAACUGAGACAGAUCUGUGACAGUUAACUUCAUUAACUAGCCAGAAAUUAAUCACAGGCCUAGAGGUAAAAUUAAAGAGCUCCCUCUGAGUGUCAGGCAACCAGUUUCAUCGUGGAUUCAGUGCUUCCUGAUAUAAUAAAUGCUGGAUUCAUCUCAAUUCAAUAAAUACUUAUUGAGCACCUAUUAUGUUCUGAGAAUCUAAGAACCCUUCUAUAAAGAUAAAUAAGGUAUUAGUUCCUGCUCUAGAUGUUUUAAUUCUGGCCUUAUGUAAAAUAAACUAAUACUUUGGCAAAUGAAGUUAAAUCAUCAUAUAUAAUUCAGAAUUAACAGAUCAUACAUUCAGAUGCUUGAAUGUGCAUUCAUAUCAUGGGCUUGAUUUAGACCUAAUGUGAGGUCAUUAGGCGAAAAUUCAAUCAUAUCUUAAAUAGGCAAAUGUCUGAUUUUUAUUUAAAUCUGUCAAUUUCCUUUUCUAAGGUACAGUGUUCUAACAAUUAGGAAGCCUUGCUUUGGCUUUUUAUAUCAUUGGCAGCAUUCUAAAAGAAACAAAACACAUGAACUAUAGUUUUCUGGCAAUGAUUAUUAUUUCAUGUUUUUCUGUUAGGAUCAUUUGAAAGAAAAAGAGUUUUCUUUCUAGUUGUUACUGGCUGGUACAGUACCUCCCUUUGUGUUUCUGCUUAUUUAUUUAGACUUAUGAUUUUUAAAGGGCUUUUUAUAGAAGUUGAAAUUGUGUCAUUUAGCAUGCAUCUGGUUAUCCCAAUGCUAGAUAUUUAAUUACUGUAUACUUAGUGUUUUGAUUUUCUAUAAUUUCAGCUCAAUGUGGU